CUGUGCUUUCUUUCUGUUUAGGACAGCCAGCAGUGCACCACACCAGGCAUCAUGUCAGGGCUCAACACAUCGCUGGCAUACUUCUUUACUGUUAUAGGCCUGAGCGCACUGGUCAGGGUGCUUCUCGCCCGCUGGAGACGGCGCUUGGGCUUCCUUAUAGAACUCAUCUCUGCUUUCGCGCUAGCCGGCUGUAGGCUAGAGAUAGAGACUAUUGCUGAGGUCGGUCAGUGGGCCGGCGCGCUGGGCCCGGACGUGACCUACACUAUGCUUUUCAUAGCUAUAGCCAUUCACGCCUUCAUCAUGCAAGGUGUCAGCGGCAACCCGGCCGCGACCGUAAUGGGAUUCCUGCAGAAAGAGAUCGGCGUGGUCGCAAUGCUUCUCAGCGUCGCGUCGCAGUUUCUCGGUGCGUUUCUCGGCCUCUUAGUUGCGGGGAAAUACUGGGAGAUGGAGCUCACGGACAUGCACAUGAUAAAAAAUCUGAUGAUGUCGGAGUGUAGCACGGCUCUUCGUGCUCCAAUGAUACACGGAGCCGUCGCGGAAGCCAUCAGCGCGAUGACCUUUUACCUCGUUUACCUUAUCCUGAGGAACAGGACACAGCUGCUCAGAAUUCCCAUACUGGCCCUGCUGCUGACUUUCUUUGCCUAUGCAGGAAGUAACUACACCUCUGGAAUCGUGAAUCCAUCUCUGGCUUUUGCAUUAACAUUCAACUGUCCCGGACAUACCUUCUCAGAAUACGCUCUCGUCUACUGGCUCGGCCCUCUUAUUGGUAUGACUCUCGGACUGUUCCUGUAUUUGGGAAAUAUUCCAUUGCUGUUUAACAGGAAUUUGCUUUACUCCAAGAAGUCCCGAUUCCGGGUUCCCAAAGGGAAAAAUUCAGAGGAAAAGGCCAACUGAGGAACGUUAACAGAAAUAAAAGUCAAGAUUGAUGUUGUGAACUGCAAAUGGCAUUUUAUGAUGAGUUUGUAGCGCGGUUUACUGUUUAAUGCUAAAUCUGCCACAGCAAGCCAUACGGGUCCAACGUGACUGUUUACAUUUAUAAUGUUCAAGUCUGUAUAAAUUCUGUGCCCAAAUUGUUUUUGCAAAUGCAAACAUGUCAAAUGUAUCGUUCUACGGAGAAAAUAAACGAAAAGGUGACAUG